AUGCAAAACUCCAAAAAUUGUAACACGAAAACAAAAAAAAAAGACGGGCAUCAUAAUCCAAGCAAGAUAAAUAAAAAUAAUGUAAAUAUAAAGGAUAUAAAAACGUUGUAUAAUAUAUUUUCUUCUAAUAUUCAAACGGAAAGUGAUAAUAUCAAUUGUACAGACAAAACUAAUGAACAUGCUUCGUCAUUUUUAAUGAAAAAGGAAAAUUACAAUAAUAACAUCGAUAGUAACAAUAAAAAAGAAUCUCAUUUAUUUUGUAUACCUCAUGAUAAUUAUAAUGGAACAAAAACAAGCAAUUUAAAAAAAGAAGAUAACUUAUUUUUAAGCCAAAUCAGUAAUCAAAAACAAAAGGAUAUCGAUUUUGAUUUUUUUUCGGAAUAUAAUGAAAAAGAUCAGCCUACCAAAUUAACAAAAAUAAAACAUUUAGACAAAAAUAAAAAUGAAAUAAAUAGUACUACUAACUUGUAUCAGCCAAACCAUGACCCUUUAUUAUAUUUGAACGAAAUAGAUGAUGUAAACAAUUUUGAAAAAAAUGAAAAAAACAAUGAAAAUAUAAGCAAACUAAACAAUGAUGGAAUGGAUAAGCCCGAGUCAAUAAUGGAUUAUAAUUGUUUUGAUGAAAAUCGCAGUAAAAUUGAAAAAGUAGAGCAAAAAGAAAACGACAUAACAAUAAGCAAAAUGAAUGAUAUAUUUAUUGGGAGUGGUGAAAGUCAGAACAUAGAGUGGGAAAAAAUAUAUGAACCUUUUGAUAAAGAAUUUGAAAAAAAUAUAAGUUUCGAAAAAAAUAAACAAGAUACUUUAAAUACUUCAAUUUUAUCUAAUAGCAUUUUUUUUGAAAAUGAAAAAAAUAAUUAUAAUGAUCUUGAUUUAGGUAAUGAAACAUGGGUAACCAAUGAAAUGAACAAUUAUGAUAUAAACAUAAUACAAGAUGAAGUAAUUUCAAAAGAAAUAUUCUUUCCCUUUGAUUUUAAUUCAAAUGCAUUUCCAAAAACAAGUGCCGAAGAAUCCAUAUAUAAUAACUUCGUUUUUAAUGAUAACGAUAGUGAUAUGGUUAGUAUAAAAAAUGCAAACAUUUUAGAUGACAAUACUGACAUAAAGAAAGAAAUGGCUAGUAGUAGUGAAAAUUUAAUUCAAACCCCAAGCUCAUUCAAUUUUAAUAAUCAAAUUCAGAUUAAUAAAAAUGAUGAACUGUUUGAAAAAAUAAAAGAACAAAGAAAUAAUGAUAUCCCUUUUAAAGAUAUCAAGCCAAAUGAAGAUCCAUUUAUCUUAUCAGAAAAGUUUGAUGAAUUAAUUUUAAAUACAAACAUGACUAGUCAAAAUGAUAUCGAUUCUAUUUUUAAAGAUGAACAUAAAGCAUGCUAUAAAAUAUCUAACGAAAUAGAUAUUGAGGAGGUAGAAAAUUAUUCAUUGAAAAUGAUUAACGAAAAAAAUAAAAAUAAUUCAAAUGAAAAUAAUACAUUUUUGAAAAUGAUCGAAGAGAUUGAGAAUGUCAGCAAAGACAUCAUUCUCGAUCACUUCAAAUUAGAAACUAACGAGACUAUCGAGAAUGAUGAAACUAACUUAGAGACUAAUGAGUCCAUAUAUGAUCCCCCAAACUUUGACAAUAAAAUUGAAACCAUUUUUAAUAACAUUACAGAAGAAUAUAACAAAAGUAUUUACAAAGAAACAAAUGAAUCAGAAAUCCAUUUUGAGAACUUGCAAAAUGUAAAUCUUCCUGAUUUUACACAAAUUCAAUCCACAUUCUUAGAUAAUAAGACAAAAUGGAAUGAUGUAUUUGCAAGUAAACAAGAUGAAGACAUAUUUGUAAGUAAAAAAGAGGAAGACAUAUUUGUAAGUAAACAAGAUGAAGACAUAUUUGUAAGUAAACAAGAGGAAGACAUAUUUGUAAGUAAACAAGAUGAAAACAUAUUUGUAAGUAAACAAGAGGAAGACAUAUUUGUAAGUAAAAAAGAGGAAGACAUAUUUGUAAGUAAAAAAGAGAAAGACAUAAUUGUAAGUAAACAAGAUGAAGACAUAUUUGUAAGUAAACAAGAGGAAGACAUAUUUGUAAGUAAACAAGAGGAAGACAUAUUUGUAAGUAAACAAGAUGAAAACAUAUUUGUAAGUAAACAAGAGGAAGACAUAUUUGUAAGUAAAAAAGAGGAAGACAUAUUUGUAAGUAAAAAAGAGGAAGACAUAUUUGUAAGUAAAAAAGAGAAAGACAUAAUUGUAAGUAAACAAGAUCAAGUACUACAAUUUUAUGAAGACAUUUAUAAUAUAUUAAUAAAUAAAAAUUAUUUAGACAUAUUUUUAACACUAAAAAAAAAUAAUAAUAUUAAUAAUGACGAUAUGAACAUUUAUAAUUUUCACAUAUAUUUAAAAAAUGUAAAAAAAAUAAAAAAAAGAGGAUUCAAUGAUAUGUAUGACUACACUGAUUAUAUCCAUAAAUUUAUAGAAGAUAUAUACCAAAUGAAUGUAAAAAAAUUUUUUUUUUACAACAUUUAUAUAGAUAAUAUAAAUAAAUGUAUAAAAAAAAAAAAUCUAUUAAUAAAUAGUAUAAGUAAUAGUUAUAAUUUUGUUAAUGAUUUUUAUAAAAAACAUGAAAAAAUAUUAACACAUGAUAUGUUUUAUAAAAAUGUUAAUUAUUCUCUUUAUUUUUUAUUCUUUAUUAAUACAUUAAUUGAAUUAUGGAAAAAAAUAAUUAUAAAAAUCAAAAAUAUAAAUAUAAUACUAUUACUCAAAAAGUUUAUAAAUAUAUUUAAAAAAAACAAAAUAGCUUAUGCAUUAAAACAACUAUCUAACUAUUUACAAGCUGUCUAUGAUUUAUUAAAUAGACCUAUACAGGAUGAAGGACAAACAAAAAUUAAAAAAAUAAUUAAAAUAAUAAUAAAAAGUAAAACAUUUAAAACGGUAAAAAAAUAUGUUUACAAAAUUAAUAAUUCAUCUUUUCAUUUUACAAUUUUAUUUUCUUUAAUAUCUAUACCUCCAUAUAAAAAAACUGCCACUAUAUUUGAUCAUCUUAUGGAAUAUUUUUUUAAAAACAUUAAUAAAAUAUUACUAAAACAAAUUAAAGACACAUUUCAAUAUAACCAGGAAGAGAAUAAUGAAAAAGACCAACCACAAAAUUUAUCAACCUGUAAAGGGAAUACAAAAAAUGUGAAAGAAGUUGUUAAUAAUAUUAUAAAGUCAGGUAAAAAUAACAUAUGCUUAAUUAAAAUUAAAAACUUCAAACAAUUGUUUUUACAAAACGGUGGAGAAUCAAACAAUGAAACAAAACGAGAAAGCGGAACAAGCUUGUUAAAUACUUUAACAGAUAUAAAAAUAAACGAUGAAAUUUGUCUGUUUGAAAAGGAACUAGAAUUGUAUAUUAAAUAUAAUAUAUCUUUUUAUCGUUUAUUUUUUAAAUUUAUAAUACCCCUUGUAAAUAAAAUAACAACAACAUUUGAGAAUUUAGAAACAUUUUUUACACUAUAUGUAAAUUAUAAAAUUAAAAAAAAAAAGAAAUUAUUUUUUUUUUAUAAUCCUUGGAUAUAUAGUUAUGACACAUUUUUAUCAUUCUCUCAAAUAAAUAUAAUGUCAAAUUCAAAUAAUUUAAAAAAAGAUGAAAAGGAAGUUAUUGAAACAGAUCAAGAACUUGAAAUAUUUUCAAACCAAAUAAAAACAAAUAUACUUAUAGAAAAUUCAAAAAAUAUUUUAAAUCUAGAACAAUCCAUAUUAUAUUAUAAACAACUAGACAAUGAUAUAACAUCAUCUAACAUAUUUAAUCUCAUUGAUAACUUUUAUGACUUUAAAAAUAUUAAUCAAAUCUUUUCACAUAAAAAUAAAAUAUCAGUAUAUCACAAAAAUAUAAAUAAACAAAAAGAUACUAAAAAUAAAAUUAACAUAAAUUAUAAUCAUUUUAAAAAUUAUUAUUCAGAUAUUUUAAAUCUUUGCUAUGAUGAAAGAUAUAUCAAAAUAAAUACACGUGCCUUAAAAUACUUAUUUUUUAACCUUCAUUUUAACUAG